AUGGACGCGGCCGUCUCGAAUCCGUGGAGCAAUAGGAUCGCGCUGGUCACCGGGGGAAACAAGGGAGUCGGGCUAGAGACGUGCCGGCACCUGGCGACCAAGGGGCUCAGGGUCGUCCUGACAGCGAGGAACACGGCGAGGGGGUUGGAAGCGGUCGAGGCCAUCAGGACCUCCAGCGCCGCCGCCGAGGUUUUCUUUCACCAGCUUGACGUCACCGACCCCUCCAGCGCCGCCCGGCUGGCGGAUUUCAUUAGGGAUCAAUUCGGGAGGCUUGACAUCCUGAUCAAUAAUGCUGGGGUUUCAGGUGUUGAUCGGGAUCCACUUUUGGUUGCCAAAGUUAAGGAUCAGGUUGAAGGUAUGGAUGUGAACCAACGAGUUGAAUGGAUGAGGGAAAAUUCUAAAGAGACAUACGAGGAAGCUAAACAAUGUAUGAGGACGAACUACUAUGGUGCCAAACUUGUCACUGAGGCAUUACUUCCUCUUCUUCAGUUAUCAUCCUGUGGAAAAAUUGUCAAUGUUUCUUCCGGCUUUGGACUGCUGAGACACUUCAACAGUGAAGAACUAAGGAAGGAAUUUGAUGACAUUGACAACCUUACUGAAAAGAGACUGGAAGAACUAUUGGGUUUGUUCCUUGAAGAUUUCAAGGCCAACUUACUAGAGGCACAUGGGUGGCCAACAGGUGGCUCUUCAGCCUACAAAGUUGCCAAAGCAGCCCUUAAUGCAUAUACUAGGAUUCUUGCUAAGAAGUAUCCUACAAUGCGUAUCAACUGUCUGACACCUGGUUAUGUCAAGACCGAUAUGUCUAUGCACAUGGGGGUAUUGACACUUGAAGAGGGUGCCCGCAACCCUGUGAAGGUUGCUCUCUUGCCUGACGACGGAUCAACUGGUGCUUAUUUUGAUCUGAAUGGCGAGGCGUCCUUUGUGUGA